ACAGACACGGGCCGUCCGUGCUCGGUAAUGGCCGUGUGUACUGGGUACUUAUCGCGUUCGCGUGUACACUUAUUUUUGUCAAAUGUACGCCAUAUUGUUUUAUUGUGCCCGAUUAUUUCUCCAUAAAAAUUGUUAAUCUAUUUACAAACUUGACGUUUUCGAAAUUACUAAAGUGGGACUUGUUAAAAAGUGGAAUUAAAAAAGAACAUUCUGCCACGUUAGUUAUUAAUGAGAUUGAGGAAAUUAAAUUCGUGCUUAUUAUUAUUUUUAACCAAAGUUAUCUGAAUAGAUAAUCGUUUGAUUACAACUGUUUGAUUUCUUUUAAUCAUCUUCACUCCGUUCGAGAUCUUAGACUUUGCGCGAAAAAGAAUUAUUGUUUUCUUUUUCAUAAGUUCCGAGUAAUUUAGGUACUUUUGUAUGUUAUCUGUGCGUUUUGUGUGCCUGAAAUAGCCCGUUGAAAAAUAACCGUUUCAGAACAGUCGGUGUGUUUAAAAUUAGUGCAAUGUCUACGCUGAAAGUUAAAAAUAAGAUUGCAUUUCGUUUCAUUGUUUAAAUGAGGAACAUGUUAUUAUGUAUUUAAAUGGAAAAUGUGUUAUCAACACUUGUGUUUUUGUUAAGUUGAAGUGAUCGCUGUUAUUGGAUUGCCUUUGCCAUUUUUGGAUUUUUUUAAACAUGGAGAAGCCAUCGUAUAAGCUUGUUGGCUCUCCGUGUGGGCAACACGGCCAAUACACUUUCUACAAGGCCAUCAGAUUAACGAUAGGAGAAAAAGAAAAGAUUGUAGCCAUAGGCGAUUUUUUCUUCGUAAGAAUAUGGCAGGACUCUGAACUGGUCUCCGUGGGUGAACUGCAACUGCUUUGGACUGACCGUGUCUCCGAUCAGACCCUCGUCAGCCUCAGGCUGUAUUUCCUUCCAGAGAACACACCUGACGGACGCAAUCAGCACGGCGAGGACGAAGUUCUAGCUAUCAAUGAUAAAGUGGUGGUCCGCGCUGAGGAUCUCCUCAGUUGGGUUUGCGAUGGUACUGGAUGGCGGUGGGGGCUGCGCGCUGUAUGGCGGGGAGCGUGCGCCCCGCCACAGGAACCCCGUCUCACACAGCCACUGCAUCAAGCGAAGUUAGACUUCAGCGACGUGGAUAAAGAGAAAAGCGCCUUAGUGGACACGGAAAGUCCAGGAGUGGUGGUGUUCUCUUAUCCACGUUACUGCCGUUACCGGGCCCUCCUUUCUCGGCUAGAAGGCAUACAAGGCGACUGGCUGCGAGACUCGCUUGUGGCAGCCUUAGGAGGUUACGCAGCUCCCACCACCAACACGAGGAUACUUUACUGCAAGGAUACGUUCGAGUAUCCCGAGUUGGAGGGUCACGAGUUCGUGUGCAACGAGUUAGCGCCCAAACUGAAGGGUCGUCCGCGUGGUAGACGACGGCGCGCCUCGCCCGACGCCUCCGCCUCGCCAGACACGUCCGCCUCGCCUGAACGUGACUCCGACACUGAUACACCACAGGUUCAAACGUCACGACGAGUCUCACUCAGGAAUGGUGGUGAGAAGCAUUCUGGAGAUGAGGAACACAGAGACACGGCGGAGGAUCGCGCGUUCCUAUCCCGGCUGAGGCAAUUCCAUAAAGAAGUCGGAGAGCCGACGCCGUUGAAAGAUCUGUCGUUACGGUCUCUGUACAUGCGCGUGCGCGCGCGCGGCGGGUAUCAUACGGUGUGUCGCCGUAGACAGUGGCGCGCGCUCGCCGCACAACCAGCGCGCGCGCGUAACCACUACGAGAGAUACCUUCUACCGUACGAGAAACAUGAGUCCCGGAACGGUUCACGGUUACCCAACGGUCGGCUAGAGGAGCCUAAAACAAUCGCCACCAUAGAGUUACGGGACUCGCCCCAUAGAGAUACAGGUCCCGCGACAGAUAAAAAGACUGAUAUCGAACCACCGGAAUCGAAAGAGGAACUGGACUUAGUAUUUAAACCGGCAGAGGAAUUGAAUAGGGAAUUCCUUGAAUCGUUACCGAAGGAGGAGAAAUCGGAAAAAACAAUGAAAAUAACAGUGAAACCCGUAGAAAAGUUAAUCGAACCUAGUAAUGUGAAUAGACUGUACGAUGGAAAUAGUGAAUUUGCUGUGAAACAUAGUGCGAAGGAAUUAUGUAGGCCAACAGAUGUUGUUAGUGAAAAAAGACCGAGUGAAAAGUGCGAUAGUAGUAUUGUGCCCAAGAGUGAGACCCCACAAAAAUUAGGUACAUUAGAUUCACCGUUCCUACAAGAAACGCAGAGGUCGCAACAGCAGGAAUUCACGAGCAAUUCCCUCGCCACACUCUCCGCGCUCGGGGACAAAUACAACGGUCACGACACUAACGCGGAUCAGAAGAGCAGUCGUCCAGUUGGUCGCAGUUCUUUGAGAGCAGUGAGAGUCAAACCGGGACCGCGGAUUUCUAACCCUUCGGCAAGCACACCGCCAACGUUAAGCGGGGCGUCAUCAGGAACGGGGACAGCAGUGGGGGCGGGAGCGGGCAAGAGGUCACCUACAGUCAACAACUUCGGUAUACAUCGCCCCCCCGCGCCCCCAGACGACGAUGAGAUCAUAGAGGUUCCAUAUAAGCCGAAGUCACCUGAAAUCAUCGACCUAGACGAGUACCCCGAAAGUCCUCAAUCUGUGAAAAAGAAAAAGUUGGACAUUCUCAAAGAGCGAGGUCUAGAAGUGACAGCAGUGCCUCCUUGGCCUCUACCCCCUAUCGUGUCCCCAGUUCCUUCUCUCUUACCCCCCGCGCCGUUACUCCUCAACCCGGCGAUGCAACAUCAGAUAAUGACGCAAGCAUCAUUAUUUCAAAUGUAUAACAUAAUCCCUCCUAACUACAACGGUACACAACCUCCAAAAGUUAUUCAAGCCACUAGCAUAUUCGGUUCGAGUCGACCUGAAAAAACCGUCUAUGGCAACCCUAAAGACCCCUUUAUGCCCCCACCACACGUCCUCCACGGAGUUCCCGUCAAACCCACUAGGGCGGUACCCCAAACAACUUUACCCCAAGACAUAUUAGAUUUAACGUGUAAAUCAGAUUCUCCAAUACCGGCGGUGGAAAUUGUGAGAGUACCAACUGCGCCGUCUCCGUCGAAAAAUAACGCUCAGAAUUUAAGUAAAACGAAUUACAAAUUAGUCGAUGGCAAAGCGGUAGUCGGCUCUAACUUGGAGAUCACCCUCGUGAAUCCUAAAGUCCAAACUCCUAGUAAGAAUAGGCCUCCGCAGAAAAGAUCUUCGAACGGAAAAUUCAUGUCGAGUAAGACGCCGACGCCUCCUAAAGAAUCUAGGUCCCUCGCAUCCCCCUCGGGGCCAAAGAAGAACCCGAUAGUGGUCCCCAAUUACCAGAUCAAUGCGAGGGACGAUGUCUCACCAACCAGUUCCACUGGUAAGUUUAAAAAAAAAUUCUAA